AUGUCUGUGCAUGAUGUGGCUAGUCCAAUUCCCAUCAAAAGAUCUCCAUUGUCAUCUUCAGUUUGGCAGGAAGACACCAUUGGCAAUUUUGAUGGUCCAAAGGAAUCUUGUUUAGAACGGGAAGCGAGCUCCAGCAGUAAUGACAGUACACAGCCAUCUACUCCAAGUUAUCCAAGUCAGGAGUCUCUGUCUGUUGACGUGGAACAGAAAUCUUCCUCGCCGGAAUCUUCUCAAGGAUCUCCGCGCAUCUCGCCCUUGAAGAGUUUGUUCGCCAAUAUGUUAAACACUUCUCCAACUGAUGUCCAACGUUCGCCGCCUGGAAGCCCACAAGCGCUGGCACAUAGUAUAGUAGAUACCGAUUCUGAUUCAGAUGGCGGUGAACUGACGCGGAACACCAUCCGGGGCUCGUCAGAUUCCAUUCGCACAAAUAACACGGUUUUUGGUGAUCUUCGCAGAACCUUGUCAAAAUCACGUCUUCUUAGUAAAGAUAGCUCGUCUUCGUCUCCUCCCCCUCUCGUGAAAACGCCUUCAAUGUCCCUCUUUCAACACUUCUUCCAGCAAAACACACUCCAUCACACGAAUUCCCACCCACAUCGUAUGAUACGAACUGGAUCGGUUCCAGUGUUGAUGGAAAAUAAUAGUAACAAUAGUAGUUAUAAUGCUGCGCCCAUCUCCUCCCCACCUUCUAGAACCGCACGUGGUCGUGGUCCAAUAGCAACACCACCUUCACCUGUCGCAACUCCAUCACCAAGCUCUCCUCCGUCACCAAUAGAAAAUAGAAGUAGUAAGAGCCCACCGCCAAUCAUGAGACCCCGAGCUAGGAGUCGUCAUGGCCGUCUCGAUGAUUUGAGGAACGAACGCACAAUUCGUCGAUCGGCAUCAGAAUCAAACCUGUCAUUAAAGUAUGGUGUUUUGGAAGAUCGGGUGAUUGGACGAGGUGCUAAUGCAGUAGUCAAGGUAUCUCAUAAAGAAGAUCAAGUCCUCCAUACUGAAACUCUAUAUGCCAUCAAAGAGUUUGCUAAACCGAAAAGUAAAGAAUCAGAAAAAGACUACAUGAAGAAAGUCGCUGCUGAAUUCACAAUCGGCUCAACUCUUCAUCAUCCAAACGUUGUUGAGACUGUAGAUUUGAUUACAACCAAGGAGGGUGUGUGGGAGGUUAUGGAAUACUGCAGUGGUGGCGAUCUCUGUACUAUGAUUCAAGACAACGCUAUUGAGCCCUCAAAGGCUGACGUGUACUUUGCUCAAUUGAUACAUGGAGUAGCAUACAUGCAUGCUAUGGGUGUAGCCCAUCGAGAUCUGAAACCUGAAAACUUAAUGUUGGAUGCAAAGGGAUGUCUCAAAAUCACAGACUUUGGAGAAGCUGAAGUCUUUCAAGGUCCAUUUGGAAGUACUCCUCAAAUGUCCAAGAGGCAUGUAGGAAGUGCUCCAUAUAUGGCUCCUGAAGAGUUCACCAAGAAUGAGUUUGAUCCAAGGUCGGUGGAUAUUUGGGCUUGUGGAAUAAUAUACCUUGCAAUGGUUCACAAUCGUAUACCGUGGCCACAACCAACAAUGGACGACCCUUGUUACAAGUACUAUGUCAAGCACCGAGACGACCAUAAAUUUCCGCCCAUAGAGAAUCUCAGUCGAGGUCCUCGAGAACUGAUACACCACAUGCUGAAUCCUGACCCGUCCAAAAGGGCAUCCAUGUCUGAAGUACGAGAUCAUCCCUGGUUUAGGUCGAUAGAAUGUCUCGCCUUAGAAGGGUCAGACUGUGGUGCUAAUACCGGUGUUGCUCACCCUGAAGCCCUUUAUAUAAAUCGACAUCAUAACCAUAGUCAUGCUAGUGCUAUUAUAUCUGAAAAUUCAAGGUUAAAGCCUGAUACCUCUAUUGCUGGUGAUGAUACCAAGGAGUCCAAGGAGAAUCAUCAAGUCGCUGCUCCCGCUUGA